ACCGGUGGGCGCGGUGCAUUGUGGAACUUUCUGGACGCUCUUUUCCACACGCAGGCCGCCAAGAUGAUGCCCACACCUGUCAUCCUGCUCAAAGAGGGGACCGACACCUCUCAGGGGGUCCCUCAGCUGGUCAGCAACAUCAAUGCCUGCCAGGUGAUCGCCGAAGCCGUGCGCACCACCCUGGGUCCCCGCGGCAUGGACAAGCUCAUGGUGGACGGCAGAGGAAAAGCAACCAUCUCCAAUGAUGGAGCCACCAUCCUGAAACUCCUUGAUGUUGUUCAUCCUGCAGCCAAAACACUGGUGGACAUAGCCAAGUCUCAGGAUGCUGAGGUUGGAGACGGGACGACGUCCGUGACUCUGCUGGCAGCAGAGUUCCUCAAACAGGUGAAGUCGUACGUGGAAGAGGGUCUGCACCCUCAGAUCAUCAUCCGUGCUUUCCGCAAGGCCACCCAGCUGGCAGUGAAGAGAAUCAAUGAAAUUGCUGUUACUGUGAAGAAGGAUGACAAGCAAGAGCAGAGGAGCCUCCUGGAGAAGUGUGCAGCCACGGCGCUGAACUCCAAGUUGAUUGCUGGCCAGAAGGGUUUCUUCUCCAGGAUGGUGGUGGAUGCUGUUAUGAUGCUGGAUGAGCUGUUGCCCCUCAAGAUGAUUGGAGUCAAGAAGGUUCAGGGAGGAGCGCUUGAGGACUCCCAGCUAGUAACUGGCGUAGCCUUCAAAAAGACCUUCUCAUAUGCUGGUUUUGAGAUGCAGCCCAAGAAGUACGAGAACCCGAAGAUUGCUAUGCUCAAUGUGGAGCUGGAACUGAAGGCUGAAAAGGACAACGCUGAAGUCAGGGUCAAGUCUGUGGAGGAUUACCAGGCCAUCGUGGAUGCGGAAUGGAGUAUACUGUAUGACAAGCUGGAGAAGAUUUACAAGUCUGGGGCCAAGGUGGUCCUGUCCAAGCUGCCCAUUGGAGAUGUGGCCACGCAGUACUUUGCUGACAGGGACCUGUUCUGCGCUGGUCGAGUGACCGAGGAAGACCUCAAGAGGACCAUGAUGGCCUGCGGGGGCUCCAUCCAGACCAGCGUGGGCUCCUUGACUGAUGAUGUACUAGGACAGUGCGCACUCUUUGAGGAGGUGCAGGUCGGGGGUGAAAGGUACAACUUUUUCAAGGGCUGCCCAAAGGCCAAAACAUGCACCAUCAUCCUGAGAGGUGGGGCUGAGCAGUUCAUGGAGGAAACGGAGCGCUCGCUGCACGACGCCAUCAUGAUUGUACGCCGUGCUAUCAAGAAUGACUCCAUCGUGGCGGGAGGUGGGGCCAUUGAGAUGGAGUUGUCCAAGUAUCUGCGGGACUACUCCAGGACCAUCCCAGGCAAGCAGCAGCUGCUAAUCGGCGCCUAUGCAAAGGCCCUGGAGGUCAUCCCCCGGCAGCUAUGUGACAAUGCCGGCUUUGACGCCACCAACAUCCUGAACAAGCUGAGGGCCAAGCAUGCCCAGGGCGGCAUGUGGUAUGGCGUGGACAUCAACAACGAAGACAUAGCGGACAACUUCCAAGCGUGCGUGUGGGAGCCUUCCAUGGUGCGUAUCAACGCUCUGACCGCCGCCUCCGAGGCCGCCUGCCUCAUCCUGUCCGUGGACGAGACCAUCAAAAACCCACGCUCCAGUGUGGACGCCCCUCCAGCAGGAGCAGGGAGGGGCAGAGGCCGUGGCAAGCCUCACGCCUUCUAGGGACUUUGUCCUGUGACCCCCCCCAUGGCUGGCUCUAGCCUGCAGAGUUGUUUAGAAAGAGCAGCUGAGUAACAGAUCAUAGCUAGUAAAGAAAACACGAGUGACUAGUACUUAACUACAGUGUUCAUUCGGGGGGGUGCUGCACCAAAGGCAACUGAAGGUUACGAAACCUCAGUAGUCCAGCAACUGGUGCAUCUCGUGUCCGCUUUUCAGCAGCGGUGUACUUGACUUUACACCUCUCUACGUUGGUUCCAACCUGAGUUUUUUGGAGUAGGUUAAUGUUUGGAGUUGAAUUGAGCUGUGACUGCGACCCCACGCUCUUCUCUCUCUAUCGGCACUGAGCUACAGCAUGUUGGCAUGGUCUGCCAAGCCAAUGUCCUUCCCAUGUUUGUCACUUGGUGGGGCUAUUUAUUGGGCCAUUAAAUACACUUGUUGAACAUG